CAGUGGGGAGAAGAAACAAGAACAGUUUUAAAGACAGCCUACUCCAGAUCAAUUUUAGACCGCAGCACAGAGACGGGAAAGAGGAGGAGCGGCAAAGAGGGGACGCAGCCGCCGAUGCUCCUCCUUCUUCCUGGUUGCUAGACGAGCCGGUUAAUAUGGCUGCCUCCUUGGUUGUUCGGUGCUGUCUCUGGGCAGCAGCAAUCAUAGCGCUCUUGCUGGGCUGUUGCAGUUUAGCGCACGCUGAUGGAGCCCAGGAUCAAGCGGAACAGUUUUUUAGAAGCGGGCAUACAAACAACUGGGCAGUUCUGGUGUGCACAUCUCGAUUCUGGUUUAACUACCGUCAUGUAGCAAAUACCCUUUCAGUUUACAGAAGUGUCAAGAGACUUGGCAUUCCUGAUAGUCAUAUAGUCUUGAUGCUUGCGGACGAUAUGGCUUGCAACCCACGGAAUCCCAGCCCAGCUACUGUGUUUAGUCACAAAAACAUGGAGCUGAAUGUCUAUGGAGAUGAUGUGGAAGUGGAUUACAGAAGCUAUGAGGUUACAGUAGAGAACUUUUUACGCGUAUUAACGGGCAGAAUCCCAGCAAGUGCUCCUCGCUCAAAGCGUCUGCUUUCUGAUGACAGAAGCAAUAUUCUUAUAUAUAUGACAGGUCAUGGUGGGAAUGGCUUCUUGAAAUUUCAGGAUUCUGAAGAAAUUACUAAUGUUGAACUUGCAGAUGCCUUUGAACAAAUGUGGCAGAAAAGAAGAUACAAUGAGUUGCUGUUUAUCAUUGAUACAUGCCAAGGUGCAUCAAUGUAUGAACGGUUUUAUUCUCCUAAUAUCAUGGCUUUGGCUAGUAGCCAAGUUGGAGAAGACUCUCUUUCACACCAGCCAGAUCUUGGGAUUGGAGUUCAUUUGAUGGAUAGGUAUACAUUUUAUGUCUUGGAGUUCUUGGAAGAAAUUCAUCCAGCUAGCCAGACCAAUAUGAAUGACCUUUUUCAAGUGUGCCCUAAAAGUUUAUGUGUAUCCACACCUGGACACCGGACAGAUCUAUUUCAGAGAGAUCCUGAGAAUGUCCUGAUAACUGACUUCUUUGGAAGCGUACGGAAAGUGGAGAUUACAACUGAGACCAUCUCGCUGGAUCCUAAUUUAGUAGCUGCAGAGACCAGACUUCCAGUGGACGAUGUAGCCACAGAACCGUUCAGAUAUGCAGAACAGCUUCCUGUAGCACAAAUAAUACACCAGAAACCAAAACAGAAGGACUGGCACCCUCCUGGGGGCUUUAUUUUGGGACUCUGGGCACUCAUUAUUAUGGUCUUCUUUAAGACCUAUGGAAUCAAGCACAUGAAACACAUCUUCUGAAGUUUCUGAGCAACCAAGAUGACUGCCUGCCCUGAAUGCCUCAUUGAAUUACUAUCAUUUGUAUGGAUAACAAACGUUGAAGUCCUCUGCUGAAUGUUUUUGUCAUGUUGUGUUUCCUCUGUGCCUCUUUACACCUUGGCCGGCAGCCCUGACUCAUGUGGGCACAGCAAAAGAAGCACCUGUGCAUUUGCUGCAUUCCAGGGUAAAGCAAUGUGGGCUCAUGAGGCAGGGGGAUAAUUUUUACUAGUCUCCCUUUCCUUCUAAAGCACUCUCUAACACACACACACAGAGACCCCAAACAUGUCACUUAUGGUUACACAGCACUUAGGGACAUAUUUUCAAGAGAUACGAGUGCUUCAGAAGGAAGGAGAAAACAGCAAAUAUACCUUCCCCCUCCCCUCUGCAAACACCACACUGCUUUAUUCUGGACUGCAGCAAAUGCAUGCAUGCUUCAUAAGUCAGAAAGUCAGUCUGUGAAUUAAUAAUUUGUCUUAUUUAAACAUUUUCAUGCCAGUGUUGAAUUCAAUAUUGUACAAAUUCAUAGUGAUGUCAUAUUAAGCUACAGCGCACAUGCAGAGACACCCCCCCAUCAAGACUUUUAUUGAAAUUAAUGAAGAAUCUUCCACGGUGUUGCAAGGGCACUCUAGGAGAAAAAUUUGAUUCCAGAGCUGAAUCUCUUCUAGUGGGUGCUCCAGAGGUUACUCAGCAAAGAAAACAUUUGCAUCUAAAAUAGGUGAGGUUGGUUGUACCCUAGGCCAGGGUGGUUAUACCUUACACUGCUGGAUGCAUAAGUCCCCCUCUCCCUCUCUCUUCCCCAGAGUUACUCAGUGGCAUCAGAAUGGAAAGAUUUUUUUUUUUAGUGGGUAAGAGGAGUACUGUGCAGCAGCAGGUGCCCCGCUCAUCUUCAUAUAAACAUCUUAGGCCAGGAUCUUUGUAUUGUUUACAAGGAACUCUGGGUCAAGCAAUGUGGAUGAAUGAACGUAGAUGCAGAGUGUCAAAAUAUUGUACUGAAAUAUUUUAAAAUGACUUUCCACAUUUUAUAAAAAGUUACCUGAUCACGGCUAUGAAGGGCUAGACAAUUUGCAGAGCCUUAUUUAAGAUAUCACUUUAUCAAUAUAUACUUAAGUCACUUGGUAGACUUUUGCCAUGACAUAUUGAACACUUGCUGAACAGAAACAAAAAUACAGUAGGUAAUAUGGAUUUUCUCUGUUAAAUACAGUCCUUCAGAUCAAUUCUUUUACCUAGGCAACUUUGCAUCUUGAAUUGUAUGAAUCAUUAGAACUGAAGCCAAAAUAAAGGUUCCAUACAAUAAUCUCAUUGAAUCUUCAGGAUGAGUGAACCAACCAGCUGCUUGAAAUACAGGUUUCUUGUUCUGCAGAAUGCAUAAACUCACAGACCUUCCAGCAGCACUUUAUGUGCUUCACUGUGACAUGUGGAGUGCACUAAUAUGCAUCAUGUACCACAGGCAGUUCUGCAGCGGCUACUAUGCCAUUGCUGAUGUAUAAAAGGGCUGUUGAAUUAAUAAUACAAUGUUACAAUCACACUUGUGCAAAUGAUGGCAAUUUAUUUUCAAUGGUCAUAAUGUUGCACCAGCAUGAUCGCACAAUUUUACAUAUUAGCGCAGAAGUACUCCUGCACAAUAGUGCAGCCAUUGUUUUAGACUCCUGCAACAGCACGGGUAUCGCAGAACUUCCUGCAGUACGCUGUGCAUUAUGUCAGCCACUGUCUGUAUGCAUGGACAAGCAUGUUCAUUAGGACAUUAGAGGGGAAAACAUUAAUUCUAUGUACUUAAACUAAGCUUUUACUUUUGUCAUCAUGUAUAUUAUUUAUUCGUUUCUGGCAUUUGGUUGUUGUGAAUUAAAUUUGUUCAUAGAAAAUAAAUAUUAAAGUGAA